AUGGCAUCUCUAAAGACAGAAACGGUUUUGAACCACUCGACGAGAGUUAUAUUGAAGGGGAAGAAACAAAAUGUUGAAGUUCCGGCCACUUGCUGCGGAACUUGGUCUUGGGGAGAAAAACGUCCGUGGGGGUAUACCGAAGAACGCGACCUCCCAGGUAUAAAAGAAGUCUGGAACCUCCUCAACAAAGAAAAAAUCGGAUUCUACGACGGAGCAGAAGGCUACGGACCUUUAGAAAAUGAAAGGAUUAUAGGGAAAUUACUCAAAGACAUGACAGAGGAGGAAAAAGGAGAGGUUAUUAUUGCUACUAAAUGGCUACCAUUCCCAAUCUUCCCCGGCCGUCUAUGGCCCGUAGGAAUUGUCGGAGCGCUUAAGAAAUCGUUAGAGAGGUUGGGAGUUAAACAGGUGGAUUUGUAUCAAGUCCAUAUACCAGUGUUUUUAUUCUAUGGGAUCGAAGGGAUUGCGAAGGGAUUGGCGGAGUGUGUGGAGUUGGGGUUGACGAAGACGGUAGGGGUUAGUAAUUAUAAUGAGGAGCAGAUGGUUAAGAUGUAUGAUGAGUUGAAGAAGUAUGGGGUUCCUCUCGCGAGUAAUCAGAUUGAGUAUAACCUCCUUCGAACAGUCCCAGAAAAGAGUGGUCUUCUCGCCGCCUGUCACGAACGUGAUAUUGUGCCGUUGGCAUAUUCCCCACUAGCACAGGGUCGUUUGACCGGGAAGUAUAAUUCGAAGAAUUUACCAACUGGUAGAAGAAUGUAUGGAAAUCAACCGUGGGAGAUUAUUGAUCCGUUGCUGGAGGCCAUGAAGGAGAUUGCUGAGAAGAGGGCUGUACCCGUCAGUGCUGUAGCCCUCAAUUGGGUUAUGUGUAAAGGCGCGAUUCCAUUGGGUGGGGCUAGGAAUGGGAAGCAGGCCGGGGAGAAUUCUAAGGCACUUGGAUUCCGGCUUACGAAUGAGGAGGUGGAAAGACUUGAUGGACUCUCUGUUGAGGGAAACACUCUGCCUAUUGUCCAGGCUGGAUAA